AUGUCAAAAAGGAACAUCGCCUAUGUGAAGCCCGCCGAACCGAGUUUUUUACGUAAAUUGAAGGAGCAGGCUGGUUACGUCGAGGGACCCACUGUUGACACGAAACGGGAAGACUUGGGACCGGUCAGGGACGAGGAUUUGGAAGACGGCGCGGACGAACUGCCCACCGUCGUCGUGCUGAACGAGGGCGAUUUGACCGCCGAACAGGCCGCCCAGGAGAAGAUCAGACAGGAGAAAGAGGCUGAAGAAAAACCGGCAGACCUGAAUUGUCCGAUAGUUUUCAAAGCCCCAAAGAAAAAACAAACCGACCCGAACCAACCCUCGAAGAGGCCAUCCGACUCCGGCGACAAGAAGUCCAAGAAGCAGAAGAAGAACACCAAACUCCUGUCGUUUGAUGCCGACGAGGAGGACCAGUAA